AUGUCUGUCGAAAUGUUGCGUCGCCGCACCACCACCGCGGGGGCCGCAUCCGAUGCAGCCACCACUACAACCACCACCACCACCAUAAACAACAAAGCCGAGGCUCAACCUGUCACAGCAGCCGCCGCCGCAGCGGCAAAGACAGCAUCGACUUGGGCACGCGAGCUGCUCUCCAUCGACCUCGUGCCCGAAUGGUACGGCGAAAACCCAUACAUCAUCACCGGGUACCGGCCUGUGUUUGCGGCAGCACUGCCUUGCUUCAAGAGCUGGCUGUACCUCCACAACCAGACGGGCAACAUCUACACGCAUCUAGUGCCGGGUGUCGCUGCUGUUGCGGGCAAUGCGGUGCUCGCGGCAUACUUUGAGGCGAAUUAUCCUGGCGCAACGCUGACUGAUCGCCUUGUCUUCCAUGUGUACCUGACGGCGGUCGCUACGUGCUUUGGCGUCUCGGCGGCCUACCACACGCUGCUGUGCCAUUCGGAGCAGUGGGCGGAUCUCUGGAUUCGCUUAGACUAUGUGUGCAUCUCGGCGCUGAUUAUGGCCUCGUUUGUGCCGGGGUUGUACAUGGGCUUUUACUGCGAGCCCAUGCUGCUGCGGUCGUACCUUGGCUUGAUCUUUUGCAUGGGCGUCUACAACUCGUACUUGUCCAUGACGGACCGCUGCGGAUCAAAGGACUGGCUCAAGUCGCGGCUGCUGCCUUUCCUUGCACUCGGCCUGUCUGCGUUUAUCCCGAUUAUCCAUGCGGCGCUGCUGUUCCCGUACCAUGAGUUCCAGAAGCAGGCUGGCCUCAACUACUAUUACAUUGAGGGCGCAUUCAUGGUCACCGGUGUUAUCUUUCUAAUUACAAAGUUCCCAGAGUGCUGGCUGCCAGGCCGCUUCGACUAUCUCGGGUGCUCGCACCAGAUAUUUCAUUGCUUUGUUGUCUUGGGAACCAUCAGCCACUUCAUCGGCAUCUUGUCUGGCUACGACUACAACUACAAUAAUCCCCGCUGUGGUCUGCGACAGGUUGCCACGCAGCUGUAA